CCUGGGCUGCCCCUUGUGCGUCCUGGCGCCCCACGUAACGAGGCCCCGCAGGAGCAGCCGAGGCGAGUAGCAGGCGGCUGACAUCAACGGACAGCCGUCGCGCAGUGAAAAACCGCGACCGCGCGCGCGCGCGCUGCCAAAAAGCAUCCAGGUGGCACAUUAUGGGCUGCGGCGCCUCUGUUGCGGAAGACGACGGCGGCUGGGGCAAGAGCGACAGCGAGGUAGGUGCCGGCGUCUUUACUGGAAGCACGCCCGCGCGCGCGUCUCGCCGCGGCCCCACCCACAACCCACACGCGCGCCCGCGCCCGACGCGCGUGCCCCCUCGUGCCGCGGCGAUGGCGUGCUCACACGACGUCCCACGCCAUUGACGCGCCCGCGUCACGCCGUCGACGCGCCACGCCAUCGACGCGACCGCACCACCGUCGACACAAUCCCCCCAUCCGCAGCUCUCGCGCAGCCUCACGCAGAGCUGCGCCGCCGAGUCGCGCAAGAUCAAGCUCUUGAUUUUAGGAGCCGGCGAGUCCGGCAAGAGCACGCUCUUCAAGCAGAUGAAGAUCUUGUACGGGACGCCCUUCACGAGCGAAGAGGCGAUAUACAUCAAGGCGGUGAUCCACGAGAACGUCCUGGAGGCCAUGCAGACGCUCAUUACCAACUUAGAAAAUUUUGAUGAAACGCGCGGCUUAGAAGUUGGUUGUCAAGACGCGUUGGAGUUGGUGCGGGCGGCGGAAGUCGACGAGCCCAUCGACGAGGAACUGGGAAACGCGUUGCAAGCGUUGUGGAAGGACCCGGCGAUCCAGGCCAUGUGGAAGCUAAGGGGGAGGGUGCAGCUCGUGGAGAGCGUGGUCUACUUCUUCAACAAGCUCGACGAGAUCGGCAAGGACGACUGGGUGCCUUCCAAUCAAGACAUCCUCGCGGCGCGCGUGCGCACGCAUGGUAUUGUGACCACGAAGUACACGAUCGAGGAUCGGCAGUACGAGAUGUACGACGUCGGCGGGCAGAGGAAUGAACGUAGGAAGUGGGCCCACUGCUUCGAGGGCGUGACGGGCAUCAUAUUUGUCGCGUCGCUCUCGGACUACGACCAGAAGAUGUUCGAGGACGAGACGACGAACCGCAUGAAGGAUUCCGUGUAUCUCUUCAGAGACAUCUGCGCGAACCCGGCCUUCGCGGAGACGCCGAUCAUCCUGUUCCUGAACAAGCGCGACUUGUUCCAGAAGAAGAUCCGCGACGUGCGCAUCGGCGGCGAGGGCUGCUUCCGCGACUAUGACGGUCCGCCGAACGACUACGCGGCGGGCGUCGACUACUUCCUCCGCUACUUCCUCAAGCAGAACCGCGACCCCGACCGCAAGGUCUUCCACCACGUCACCUGCGCGACGGACACGGCCAACGUCCAGGUCGUCAUGGACAGCACGCGGGCCAUGAUCAUCCAGGACUCGCUGAACUUCUAGCUUGGAGUCCCUCCCUGUUUCGAGUAGUAUCUGUACCCUACCACAACACUAGACUUAGGUGCGUCUCCCCGCGCGCGGCGGCGGCGCGUCGAUGGCGUUCGCUUCAUACCAUCCUAGGCGCGGUGCCGUCGCCUUCACACGUCGACGGCGGCGUUCGCUCCACGCCAUCGCAGCGGAGGCACACCGUCGCCAUCACGCCGUCGCCGCGGACGCGCACCGUCGACGCCGCCGCCGCGCCC